UUAUUUUCUCCUACUAUUAUCAAGUGUGCAUUGUAGUUCUACUCCUGUAUGUGGAGAGAAGCAAAGAUAUCCAUCCUCUUCCCUAUCUCUGCACAUCUCCUGAGGUAACCCAAAAACUCUCCAAAACUGUAAUACCCAAAACCUAAAACACUUUUUCUCAGUCACCCAGUACCAGAAAUCGAAGCUACAAACAAGGCAUUCAACCAAAAAUCUCUCCGAAGAAUGAUUUGAUCUAAAUUCUUCACUGCCUCAAAUGGGUUUCGCCUCGACAUCCUUUUUCUUCUUUCUCUUUUUGGUUCUCUUCAACAAUCUUGAGCUCAACCCAGUUGAAUCUGCUCCUGAUUACACCGUACUUGUCUACAAGGGCUGCUCGAAGCAAUCUUUCACAGAUCCAACUGGGUUAUACUCGCAAGCCCUCUCUGCCCUCUUCGGCUCCUUGGUUUCACAAUCUACUAAAUCCAAGUUCUUCAAGACCACCACCGGAACCGGGCAAACCACCAUCACCGGUCUCUUUCAGUGCAGAGGAGAUUUAAGCAAUACUGACUGCUACAACUGUGUGAGUAGGCUCCCGGUUUUAUCAGAUAAACUAUGCGGUAAAACCAUUGCUGCAAGGGUACAGCUGUAUGGGUGUUAUAUUCUGUAUGAGAUAGCUGGGUUUGCUCAAAUUUCUGGCAUGGAAAUGCUGUACAAAACUUGUGGAGCAACUAAUAUUGCAGGGGCUGGGUUUGAGGAGAGGAGGGACACUGCUUUCUCGGUGAUGGAAAAUGGGGUGAUUAGCGGCCAUGGAUUCUAUGCUACAAACUAUCAGUCUGUUUAUGUGUUGGGACAAUGUGAGGGAGAUCUGGGGGAUACAGAUUGUGGUGGGUGUGUGAAGAGCGCUGUUCAACGAGCUCAGGUUGAGUGUGGCGGUGCUAUUUCAGGACAAGUUUAUCUCCACAAGUGCUUUAUUAGCUAUAAUUAUUACCCCAAUGGGGUACCCAGGAGAUCUUCAUCAGCUUCCUCCUCUUCUUCCUCUUCAUCAGGGCAGAAUACGGGGAAGACAGUGGCUAUAAUACUUGGAGGGGCAGCAGGAGUGGGGUUCCUAGUCAUCUGUCUGAUGUUUGCAAGGAAUUUGAUGAAGAAACAUGAUGAUUUUUAAGUGGAGCAAGGUGAAAAAGCGGCAGAGAGAUGUCUUUGGAGGUCGAAUUGUUUCAGCAAAUUUUUCUUCUUUUAGAAGUAGAGAUGGAUAAAAAUUGAAUGAAGGAAGAAGAAGAAGAAGAAAAAAGGGUUAAAUUUUGGUGGGUGGGUCUAAUUCUGUGCUGUGUUUUUACAGUUGGGGAUGGUAAUUUUUGUAGGUAAGAAAUGUGAAAACAUGGAAUUUUUUUUUUCACAAAGGUGAAAAAAACCAAAAACAAAAACAAAAACAAAAAUUAUAUAUAUAAGAAUGAAUUGGGACCAUUUUCAUUGGGU